CAGGCAGCGGGUGUGGGGCCUGGAGGGGGCUGCAGUAUCCUCCCUGCGGGCCGGACACCCCUCUCACAGCUACGUGGCUACCGGCCUGUACCGAUUGUUAAUGCUGCCUGCACCUCACACCGAGGGGCCCGUGUUACCUUACAUGCAUUAUUUGCAAAGGUGAAGACCCAAUAUUACUGUAGAAGAUAUAGAGACAGCGGAGAUGUAUGUGAGGGGAGAUCAGCGGUGUAAGGAGGAGGAAAUCCCUACAGAUAUCAGCACAGAUGGACCCAGUAACAGGAAUACUCCAAAGAGAUGUCCCCGUCCUCUGUAUACCCAGGACUGUACAGAGGAGAAUCACAGGAUCCCACACGAGCAUCAGCUUGAAGUCCUAACUAAUAUCAAGGUAGAAGAUAUAAAGGGAGAAGAGGAGACGUAUGUGAGGGGUGAUCAGCAGUAUAAGGAGGAGGAAAGCCCUACAGCUAUCGGCACAUUUCCAACAGAUGAACACACAAGCAGGAACACGUCAGAGGGAUAUCUCAGUGUGUCUGCAGACUGUAAAAUAGAAGAUAACAUCACACAGGAUUAUCUGGGGAAAAACACCAUUAUUUUGAAUAUACAUCCAGUACUUUCCAGUGCAGAUAAAUCACCUGAUCCCUACAAUCAUCUGGAAUGUUCUCCUCAUCCCUCAGAUAUAACGAAACAUAAUACUUCUCAUAAAGGUGAUUCAGUAUUUGCCUGUGCUGAAUGUGGUGAACGUUUUAUACAUUGGUCAGUUUUUGUUAAGCAUCAGAGAACUCACACAGGUGAGAAAUCAUUUUUUUGCUGUGAGUGUGGGAAAUAUUUUACAAAGAAAGCAAAUCUUAUUACACAUCAGAGAACUCACACAGGUGAGAAACCAUUUUCAUGCUCUGAGUGUGAGAAAUGUUUUACACAGAAAUCGUAUCUUGUUACACAUCAGAGAAAUCACACGGGUGAGAAACCAUUUCCAUGUUCUGAGUGUGGGAAAUGUUUUACACAAAAAGCACAUCUUGUUAGACAUCAGAAAAGUCACACAGGUGAGAAAUCAUUUACAUGCUCUGAGUGUGGAAAAUGUUUUUCACAGAAAUCAUAUCUUGUUACACAUGAGAGAAGUCACACAGGUGAGAAACCAUUUCCAUGUUUUGAGUGCGGGAAAUCUUUUACACAGAAAUCAGCUCUUGUUAUACAUCAGAGAAGUCACACAGGUGAGAGGCCAUUUCCAUGUUCUGAUUGUGGGAAAUGUUUUAUAAAUAAGUCAGUUCUAGUAACACAUGAGAGAAUUCACACUGGUGAGAGGCCAUUUCCCUGCUCUGAGUGCGGGAAAUGUUUUACACACAAAUCACAUCUUGUUACCCAUCUGAGAACUCACACAGGUGAGAAGCCAUUUUCAUGCUCUGAGUGCAGGAAAUGUUUUACACACAAAUCAGCUCUUGUUGCACAUAAGAGAAGUCACACAGGUGAGAAGCCAUUUCCAUGCUCUGAGUGUGGAAAAUGUUUUACACGGAAAUUAGAUCUAGUUACACAUCAGAGAAGUCACACAGGUGAGAGGCCAUUUCCAUGCUCUGAGUGUGGGAAAUGUUUUACUCGAAAGUCUAAUUUUCUUAGACAUGAGAGAAGUCACACAGGUGAGAGGCCGUUUCCAUGCUCUGAGUGUGGGAAAUGUUUUACAUGGAAAUUAGAUUUAGUUAAACAUCAGAGAAGUCACACAGGUGAGAGGCCGUUUCCAUGCUCUGUUUGUGGGAAAUGUUUUACACGAAAAUUAAAUCUAGUUACACAUGAGAGAAGUCACACAGGUGAGAGGCCAUUUCCAUGCUCUCAGUGUGGGAAAUGUUUUACACAGAAAUCAGCUCUUGUUACACAUGAGAAAAGUCACACAGGGGAGAAGCCAUUUCCAUGUUCUGAGUGUGGCAAAUGUUUUGCAAAGAACUCAAAUCUGAUUAGACAUGAGAGAAUUCAUACAAGUAAAAAAACAAUUUGAGCUGAUCAGACAAUAAACGGGAUUGCAGUAAUAUUGGGGGUCAUUCUGAGUUGAUUGCUCGCUAGCUGUUUUUAGCAGAAGUGCAAACGAUUGUGCAGCAGAGAGCCUGCAAAAUGUUUUUGUGCAAAACAAGACCAGCCGUGUAGUUACUCUUCGUGUGCGUUGAUUCUAACGGAGGGACAGCUUUUGACGUCACAUACCCGCCCAGCGAACGCUCCGCCACGUCUGCAUUUUUUUAGCCACUCCUGCGUUUUUCUAAACACUCCCUGAAAACGGUCAGUUGCCACCCAGAAACGCCCACUUCAUGUCAAUCUUCCUGCGUUCGGCCGUGCGACAGGAAUGUUCGUUAGUCCCUGUGCAAACCCACGAUGCUCAUUGUACCUGUACGACUCGCCUGCGCAUUGUGGUGCAUAUGCAUGCACAGAAUUGCCGAUUUUUAGCCUGAUUACUGCGCUGCGAACAACGGCUGCUAGCGAUCAACUCGGAAUGACCCCCAUAGUUCAUAUUGCAAAAUCUGGUGAUAAUAAUGUGACAUAAAUACAUUCAAACUCUCAAACACAAAGGUGAGUUAUGGAGGGCAUAUAAAAGCUCCAUUCACGCAGUAUAGUAACAUGUUUAUAAUUUUAUAUUCCACAUGUUUCUGUGGAUAUUGAUGCAUUUUGUCACACUUUGGCAAAUUUGUUUUGUAUAGUUUCCAUAAAGUUGUUGAAACGCGUCAAUAAAAUCAUGUGGUGGGGACAUA